AUGUGGUGGAUGGUGAGGUUUUGGGCAGUAGAUAAGGAUGUGGUGGAUGGUGAGGUUGGGGCAGUAGAUAAGGAUGUGGUGGAUGGUGAGGUUGGGGCAGUAGAUAAGGAUGUGGUGGAUGGUGAGGUUGGGGCAGUAGAUAAGGAUGUGGUGGAUGGUGAGGUUGGGGCAGUAGAUAAGGAUGUGGUGGAUGGUGAGGUUGGGGCAGCAGAUAAGGAUGUGGUGGAUGGUGAGGUUGGGGCAGUAGAUAAGGAUGUGGUUGAUGGUGAGGUGAGGGCAGUAGAUAAGGAUGUGGUGGAUGGUGAGGUUGGGGCAGUAGAUAAGGAUGUGGUGGAUGGUGAGGUUGGGGCAGUAGAUAAGGAUGUGGUGGAUGGUGAGGUUGGGGCAGUAGAUAAGGAUGUGGUGGAUGGUGAGGUUGGGGCAGUAGAUAAGGAUGUGGUUGAUGGUGUGGUGAGGGUGUUCACCAGCACACCUUCCAAACCUGCUGUUGUUAUUGACAGAAUGGAUUAUGCAGAUUCUCAGGUUCAGUUGUCAGGUCACAAAGUUUUGAAAGGCAUAAUUUCUGACCCUACCCCAGAUGACAUAGAUUCAGUUUUUGAUGAGAACCCAGGUCAAGAAAGCAGACCUCUUCUUAAACAGUGUUUGAAAGGUAAAACUUGA